AUGCUCACCAAUCCAAUCUUCAUUCACACACUCGUUGUCUUCGUCCGUCUUUAUUGGUUUGAAAAGCGCUUCCAAAGCGUGGUUCGGAAAAGCCGUGACAUUCGUCGGACGCGCUCAAGAAAUCGGACUCAAACUCGCGAAAAAGUCCAACAAGAUAUUGGUCAGGAGAAUGACGGUGUCCGCGGUCAAAAUAUCAUCGUUCUGCGCGAAACCCUGAGACCACUUGACGCGGAGCUGCGACAAAAUGAGGUCUUUGUACUCGACCCCAACGAUAGCGAAAAAACUUUCGGCAGCAAUACUGAUACUAUCACUAAAAGUACUGGAAGCAAUUUUCACACGCGUUCCCGGACGCUGGAUGUAGACAAGCUGCGACCCUUUCAGCGGAGGGACAAUCAGCCUAGCAUUUCUUUUGUGGAGAAGCAGCGGAACGAUAAGGGUGCCCUGCGCAUCCCGAGUCCACGCGAGUACGAGCGUGGUGGUUUGCCGCAAGUGCUGGAUGAAGACGAGGGUACAAUGACACGCAGCAUGACAGCGCCCGUACAACCUGCCCAUCAAGAAGGCCCGGGUUCCCCUUUAGAUCGAAUCAAGCAGCAUAUAGCCAUCAAUGAACCCCACCUCAUGCGGCAGCACCUGUCUAGGACCGCUACAUCUCCUAUCUUGAGCACACACAAUACCAACAAUGAGAUGACAGAUGACGCGGAAUCUCCAGCCCUACCAACGACACAGACCCAGAGAGGAACAUUAAACUCUCUCUUCCGCUCCUUUACGCAAGAACGCGAGGUUGACAGCAUGCCGUACCUGAGCUGGAAUGCGACUAUCGGACGCAACUCCACGUUUAUCGGUCUGACUGAGGCACAGCGGGAUGAGCUGGGUGGCAUCGAGUAUCGAGCGCUCAAGACUCUUGCAGUGGUACUCAUAUGCUACAUGGUCGGCUUCCAUCUCAUUGGGAUUACAUGUUUGGUUCCUUGGAUCCUUCGCGCUGGCAAAUAUGGAGGCUAUAUCGACUCGAUUGGUCUAUCCCGGACAUGGUGGGGCAUCUUCACUUCAGGUUCAGCUACGAAUGAUCUGGGAUUUACCUUGACGCCAGAUUCGAUGAGUUCCUUCAGCGACGCGAUAUUUCCCUUACUCUUGAUGAGCUUCCUCAUUGUCAUUGGAAAUACAGGAUUUCCUUGCAUGCUUCGGUUCAUCAUUUGGUUCUCAUCGAUUCUGGUGCCGAAAGGCGGAGCAGUCUGGGAAGAGCUGAAAUUUUUGCUUGACCACCCGCGACGGUGUUUUACACUUCUCUUUCCACGGGCGGCAACUUGGUGGCUAUUCGCUGUACUAGUGAUACUUAAUGGCGUCGAUAUUUUCUUUUUCUUUAUCCUGGAUUUGAAUGAUAGCGAUGUUACGAGCAUUCCUGUGGGCUUUCGAUUCGUUGAUGGUCUUUUCCAGGCCGUUUGCACCCGAACCGCGGGCUUUUCCGUCAUCAGUCUGAGCGAUCUCCAUCCGGCGAUUCAGGUGUCUUAUAUGUUCAUGAUGUAUAUCUCUGUCUUCCCGGUUGCCAUCUCAAUUCGCCGAACCAAUGUGUACGAAGAACGCAGCCUGGGUAUCUACUCAUCUACCAAUGAGCACAACGACGGGGUUUCAAGCGAGACAAGCUAUACUGGGACCCACUUGCGAAAACAACUGAGCUUUGACCUAUGGUAUGUUUUCCUAGGGCUGUUCCUCAUAGUUGUUGUCGAAGGUACAGCCUUGUCCGAUCCAAACCGAUACUACUUCAACCUCUUUGCGGUCCUAUUCGAGAUUGUAUCGGCAUACGGUACCGUUGGGUUGUCCAUGGGCUAUCCCGGUAUAAAUGCUUCCUUUUCGGCUGAACUGAAGACACUUUCUAAACUUAUCAUCAUCGCGAUGCAAAUUCGCGGGCGACAUCGUGGCUUGCCGUACGAGUUGGAUCGUGCCAUUCUCCUGCCAUCUGAGUCUAUGCAAAAGAAGGAAGUACAGGAUGAGGAGCAGAGAAUCAGACGACGUCGCUCCAAUCUAAGCAAUACAUCUCCUGAAGCUGGACCGACACACUGCACAACUUCGAAAGCGAAAACAGGUGUGGCAAGCGCCAAAAGCACAAACAUGCGGCCUGUUUCCCUCAGUAGAAGGAAGCUGCGAGCUGCCAGCCAGACAUCAUAA